AUGUCUGAAAAAAAGCUGAAUUCUCCAUCUAUAACCGAUGUGGAUAUCGAAAACGGUAUCACCACUUACGUUUCACCCCAUACGGGAAAACCCAUCCACUUGAAAGACACCAAAGAUGAAGCGUUGGAUUAUAUUUUGUCCCACGACACAGAGCAGCCGAGUUUGGACGAAAAAACUGACCGAAAGCUUCUUUUUAAAAUUGACUGCUUUCUUCUUCCAUUUAUUUGUCUUCUAUAUGCUGUGCAAUUCAUGGAUAAACUCUCCAAUUCUUAUGCAGCCAUCAUGGGCCUAAGAGAAGAUUUAAAUAUGGAAGGCGACAUGUAUUCAUGGACAGGUUCUGCGUUCUACAUUGGAUACUUGGUGUUUGAGUUCCCAUGUGCUUAUACGCUACAGAAGUUCCCAGUCAUCAACACUGUCUGCGUGUACAUCAUCAUCUGGGGCAUAAUUUUGUGUCUCCAUGCUGUUCCCGGCUACGAGGGCUUUAUAGCGUUACGAACGCUUCUAGGCGCCUUUGAGUCUUCGGUCACUCCAGCGUUUGUCAUUGUCACUUCCCAGUGGUACAAGAAAGAAGAGGUGUUUCUUAGAACUGCCUUGUGGUUUUCGUUCAACGGCGUGGGCAUGAUGCUUGGUUCUGGAGCUAUUGCUUAUAAUCUUCAUGCUAAUAUGAACAGUUACAGUAUAGAAGCGUGGAAGUUGAUUUUCAUCAUCACUGGCGCCAUCACCAUUGCCUUGGGCAUAGCCAUAUUCUUCCAUAUCCCUAAUAAACCUACAAAAGCUUGGUUUUUGACCGAACACGAAAAAAGACUCGUCGUGGAGAGAAUCAGAGGCAACCAGCAAGGGUUCGGCAACAAGACGUUCAAAAAGUACCAGCUCAUCGAAGCAUUCACAGAUAUCAAGACCUGGCUCUACUUCUUCAUUGGAAUGUCCUCCAAUAUCCCCAACGGAGGCCUUACCAACUUUGGGUCUAUUUUACUUAACGAGUCGUUUGACUACGACGUUGGCCAGUCGCUUCUAGUCCAGGUUGUCUUUGGAGUGGUGGAAGUGGUGGGAUGUUCUCUUUUUGCAUACUGCUACAGGUUCUACCCAAAGAGACUCUUCUGGGCCAACGCUGCCAACGUUGUAGUCCUCAUGGGCCUUUGUCUUGUGGCUUUUGCGCCAGGAAAACAUGCCCAGUUGGCUGGUUACGCUCUCUUCUACUUAUGUCCCCUUGUAAUGAUCUGUGGGUUAUCUUCGUGUGCUUCUAAUGUGGCUGGCCACACGAAAAAGGUUACUGUGAAUGCUAUUUUUUUGAUUGGUUACUGUGUGGGUAAUUUGAUAGGGCCCCAGACGUUCAGAGACGAACAGGCGCCAGAUUACGUUGGUGCUAAGGUUGCAAUGGUGGUUUGCAGUGCAGCUACUACGUUGUUCUUGGUUGCUGUGUGGGUACUUAUGGCCAGGGAGAACAGAGUCAGGGAUGCUGCUGCUGGUGCUACUGGGACGAAUGUUGAAGAUUUUGAUAAGAUCGAAAACCAUGAGUUUGCUGAUUUGACAGAUAAAGAGAACCCCUUGUUCAGGUACACCAUUUAG